GUGGGGUGUACAUUCAGACCCCCGGUACUUUACUACCGCACGGUCAAGACUGCAGAGAGGCAGAAAGUUUCGGGCAACCCCCACCGAAGCUAGGACUGCGCCACCCCCUGCAGGGACAUGGAGCUGCUGUCGCCGCCACUCCGAGACGUAGACUUGACUGGCCCCGACGGCUCCCUCUGCAACUUUGCCUCCGCAGAUGAUUUCUAUGAUGACCCGUGUUUCGACUCCUCCGACCUGCGAUUCUUCGAGGACCUGGACCCGCGCCUCGUGCACGUGGGCGCGCUCCUGAAGCCCGAGGAACACUCGCACUUCCCUGCGGUCGUGCACCCGGCGCCAGGCGCGCGCGAGGACGAGCAUGUGCGCGCUCCCAGCGGGCACCACCAGGCUGGCCGCUGUCUGCUGUGGGCCUGCAAAGCGUGCAAGCGCAAGACCACUAACGCCGACCGCCGCAAGGCCGCCACCAUGCGCGAGCGGCGCCGCCUGAGCAAAGUCAACGAGGCUUUCGAGACGCUCAAGCGCUGCACGUCCAGCAACCCGAACCAGCGGCUGCCCAAGGUGGAGAUCCUGCGCAAUGCCAUUCGCUACAUCGAAGGCCUGCAGGCGCUGCUGCGCGACCAGGACGCCGCGCCCCCUGGUGCCGCCGCUGCGUUCUACGCGCCUGGCCCGCUGCCCCCAGGCCGUGGCGGCGAACACUACAGUGGCGACUCAGACGCGUCCAGCCCGCGCUCCAACUGCUCCGACGGCAUGAUGGACUACAGCGGCCCCCCGAGCGGUGCCCGGCGGCGGAACUGCUACGAUGGCACCUACUACAGCGAGGCGCCGAGCGAACCCAGGCCGGGGAAGAGUGCUGCGGUAUCGAGCCUCGACUGCCUGUCCAGCAUCGUGGAGCGCAUCUCCACCGAGAGCCCCGCCGCGCCCGCGCUUCUGCUGGCGGAUGCGCCGCCGGAGUCGUCUCCCGGCCCACAAGAAGAGGCCGCCCAGAGCGAGGUCGAGCGCGGCGCCCCCGCCCCUUCCCCGGACACCGCCCCGCAGUGCUCAGCGGGCGCAAACCCCAACCCGAUCUACCAGGUGCUCUGAGGGGGUGGGCGGCCGCAUGGGAGGGCUCCGCUGCCUGCGCGCCCGAGGGAUGGUGCCCCUAGAGUCCCUCGCGCCCAAAAGAUCGAGCUUAAAUGCUAACUCCCACUCCCAACCGCGCUUUAAAAGCGACCCCUCCCGAGUUGGGAGAGGCGGGAGAACGGACGUGUGUUUCCACUCCCGCGCUCCACAGUAAGGACACAGUCCUUUUCCACACAACACCCUUCCCUGACACUCGCGGCGAUGGUCUUUAGGUGUUCCUCCUUGAGGGGCCAGACCCUUCCUCUUCCUUACCCCGAUUCCCUGGGCGGGGUGGGACCCGCGCAGACCUAAGCCCCGCCUCCGGACGCCAGUGCGGCUGAAGGGGGCGUGGCCUCCCUCCCAGAGCCCCGGGCGGCUUUGCUCUUCCCCAGCGCCCGCGGGGCGCGCUGGCGUUCCGCGUGUAACAAGUGUAACAGUAACCACUUCACCCCCUCCCCCAGUUCAGGACCACUUUUUGUAAUACUUUUGUAAUCUAUUCCUGUAAAUAAGAGUUGCUUUGCCAGAGCAGGUGCCCCUAGGGCUGUAUUUAUCUCUGAGGCAUGGUGUGCGGUGCGACAGGGACUUUGUACGUUUAUACGGCAGGUGGGUGAGCCGCAGGCGCUCGCUCAGGUGUUCGAAAUAAAGACGCUAAUUUAUA